AUGGAGGCUGUGCGUCAGCAGGAGAAGGCAGAGGGGAAGAGGCCUAGGGUGGAGGCGGCGCAGCCGGACGACGGCAGCCAGCUGGGAGACUUGGACGUGCUGCCGCAGGACCUGGUGCUCUCCAUCCUCGCCGCCGUGUCGUCGUCGGCGGACAAGCCGGCCGACCUCUUCUCCGGCAUGCUUGUGUGCAAGAAGCUCGGCGAACUGGUGAUGACGCCCCAGGUGCUCAAGGUGGCGUCCGCGGCGUGCGUGUCCGUGCGCGCCGGCCGGUGGUGCCCCGCCGCGGACAGCUUCCUCCGCCGCUGCGGCGACGCCGGCAAUGCUGACGCCAACUUUCUGCUCGGCAUGAUCGAAUUCUACUGCCUCGGGCGGCUGCGGCAAGGGUGGUUGCGCAUCAAGGCGGCCGUGAGUUCCGGCCACGCGGAGGCGACCUUCGCUGCGGCUGUCAUCCGCUUCAACGCCGCCGGCUGCCCCGCCGUCGACGACCGAGGCCUCCGCGCCGCUGCAGGCCUGUUCCUGCGCGCCGCGACCGGCGGCCACAUCGGCGCGCUCCGCGACCUCGGCUUCUGCGUGAGCAACGGCCUCGGCGUGCCCGCAGACCCCGCCGCCGGCCGCCACCUCACCGUGUGGGCCAACGUGCAGGAGCUGCGCGCCAGGCACCCCGAGGGGCCCGCCCGGGACGCCGCCCUCGCCCACGUCGGCAGCGGCCCCGGCUGCCUGAACACCAACUUCGGGUGCUUCGCCGCCGCGCCGCGCCGCCUCGAGUGGGCGCACCCGGCCAACAGGUUCCUGGGCGAGUGGUUCGCCGCGCGGCCGCAGGCGCCGCCGCCGGCGCGCCUGAGACUGCUGUGCUCGCUGCCCACCUGCGGGCGGCCCGAGACGCGGCAGUUCGAGUUCCGGCGCUGCACCGCGUGCGCCGUGGCGCGCUACUGCUCCCGCGCGUGCCAGGCGCUGCACUGGAGGAUGGGGCACCGGGCGGAGUGCGUCCCCGUGCACCAAUGGCUGCUGGCCGCCAUGGCCAACCAGGCCGCCGCCCACGUCAACGGCGCGCUUGCUGCUGCUGCCGCUCCUGGCGACGUCGCCGGCUUUCCUAUCUAG